UCAUUUCCAGCGGACGAAGUUCAGCCACGUAUAUAAAUAUAUGCAAACUGGAGAAUGUUUUUAUACCAAUACAAAUAAUUUACUCCAGUUUAAGACUGGUUCCUGAUUCUGCAGCACUUUGUGAAAUAAUUCGCUCUUCUUCAUCUCUGUAAUUGGAUACGUAGAGUAUUCUUUGUAUUGUGUGUAUAUUGGAUACAAAAGCAAACACAAGGGUAUAAAUUGCAGUAUUGUUUUGAACAUUCCGCCACGAAAUGGAGUCAACCGCAAGAAAACGUGUGAACCAGCAAAUUCCCACGCAUUCAAAAGAUGAAAAACUUUCAACCGACAUCCCAUUUGGCGCUGGCGUGGAUACCAGUUCAACAACUCCGAAUAGUACUGAAACUUCGGAACCGAAUCUGCAACCAACUUCUCCCUCAGAUUCCCCUGCCCAGGAGGACAACUUACCUGUCGACAUCAUUACAGCAAAUUACAAAGGAGUCUCCAAAGAGCGUAUCAAUUUCGCGGUGGCCGUCCUUGAAGGGCAGGACGACCUCGCCCGUGGUCUCUAUGGCCAAAUAUACGGUCGCUUUAUGAGAGGCUCGUACGAUUGGCUGGUCAUCAUCUGCAUGUUUUUUGGCUCUGUGAUAGUUGACCGUGUCGCCAUGUCGACAAAUCCAAACGCAUCUAAUGACUGGAACAAAGUCUUUAUGGGGAUCACGGGAUCCAUCAUCAUCCUCGUGUCGCAUGUGGAUUCCUGGUGUAAAGGUUCAUAUCUUGGCGCCGACGCGGCGAUCGGAGCAGUGUUGGGAAUUCAUAGCUUGAUCGCCUCUAUCGAUACGGGGAUGAGGGGAGGACCUUUAAAUAUCAAUUUGCCUCCUUGGAUGUUUCAUCUGUUCAUUUUUUGCUUGGUCUUUUUAGGCAAAGAAUUUGUAAGUUGGCCAACGGCAAUUAUGGUUUUGGUCAAUUUUGCUGUGUAUUGUUUUAUUUUGGAGCAAUAUUAUCCUGUAAUUUUUAUGGUUCUGCUACUGAUUUUCAUUAGGGUAAGUUUUAAAAAUGUGGAUGGUUUUAUGAGACGGCAUAAGAAGGUUUGGGCAUUUAUGUUUUAUAUCUUGUUGGGUGGCGUGUUUCUGUAUAUAUUUCUUGAAUCCGGAAAAUGGCAAGAAGAAAUGAGACGGAAGGAGUUAUGUAGUAAAUUGCCAUUGUUUAUGAAAUAUGUUGCUCCUUUUUGCAAGGAGUAUCAAGUUGUAAAAUAAAUAAACUUGUUUGGAUAGGAACUUAUCUGUGAUAGCAUAAUUACCCAUUACUCAUAGACUGGAAGUAUGAAUAUGAGUUCCAUUUUUUGGGUUUUUGGUGAAAGAUAUAAUUUUUAUGGUUGAUUAAAAUCGAUUGUCAUGGCCACUUACUGAAGAACUAAAUAUGAGCGUAAUAAAAGUCUGAUGAAUGUGUAAA